AUGUUCACUUUUAUUUUGCUCUUCUUCCUCCUGAAUAUUCCACUUCAUGUGGCAAGUUUAAUUCAUCCCAGGUGCUUUUGGAGAAUGAAGCAGAGUGAGGACAAGGAUGGAGCACUGCAGCCAUGUGCCUUCAUACUUGAUGUAGUUCCCGGGCCAAUGGACAUGAACGAUUUCAUAGAACCUUUCAAAGAACCAAUUGUAAGUACAAGAACCAAAUAUGACAACAAUCAGUUUUCACUCGCUGUAGCUUUUUCAGUGGAUGAAGUCAACAGGAACCCUGAUCUUUUACCAAAUAUGUCUUUAGCAUUUGGAUAUCUAACAGAUAGUUGCAAGUUCAUGUCACAAGCAUACAACAUUGUUCAAUCUUCUGUAGGACGUCAUUAUAAUGCCCCUAAUUAUGACUGUGUUGAUUCGGGCAUGUGUUUAGUGAUGCUUUCAGGACCAAACUGGGAAGGAUCGUUAAUAGCUGGGAAAGCAAUGGACCUCUACCAUCCUCAGCAGGUCAUUCAGCUUACCUUUGGAUCCUUUCAUCCUAUCCUGAGUGAUCAUGAACAAUUUCCUUAUCUGUAUCAGAUGACCCCCAAGGACACAUCUCUAGCUCAGGCCAUGAUUUCCCUCAUACUUCACUUCAGCUGGAACUGGGUUGGGUUGGCCAUCUCAGACAGUGAUCAUGGUAUCCAGUUUCUCUCAUAUUUGAGAAGAGAGAUGGAAGAAAAUAUAGUGUGCUUAGCCUUUGUGAACAUGAUUCCAGUCAACAAGCAUUUAUACAUGUCAAGAGCCGAAAUAUAUUAUAACCAAAUCAUGACAUCAUCCACAAAUGUUGUUAUCAUUUAUGGUGAAACAGACAAUACUCUAGCUAUAAGCUUUAAAAUGUGGGAAUCUCUAGGUAUACGGAGACUCUGGAUCACCACCUCACAGUGGGAUGUUAUUACAAGUAAGCAUGACUUAACAUUUGACUCAUCUUACAGGACUCUAACUUUUGCACACCAUCAUGCUGAGAUUUUUGGUUUUAAAAAAUUUCUACAGACAUUGAGCCCUCUCACCCCAAAUGAAUACCUGGCAAGUCUGGAGUGGAUGAACUUUAACUGUGAAAUCUCAGCUUUUAAUUGUAGGACACUGAAGAAUUGCUCAUCCAAUGUCUAUUUGGAAUGGCUAAUAUUACAGACUUUUGAUAUGGCUUUUAGUGAUGCCACUUAUGAUAUAUAUGAUGCUGUGCAUAUUGUGGCCCAAUUUUUCCAUGAGAUUCACCUUCAGCCCAUGGAUAAAGGGAAGGGAUCCAAUUCUAAUUGCUUGAAGCUAUACUCCAUUUUUAGGAAGAUCAACUUCACUAAUCCUGCUGGGGGCAAAGUGAAUAUGAGACAGAAAGAAAAUCUGCAGGCAGAGUAUGACAUUUUCCAGAUUUGGAAUUUCCCAAAUGGUCUUGGACUUAAGGUGAAGAUUGGAAAGUUCAGCCCAUAUUUUCCACAUGGUCAACAGCUCCAUUUAUAUGAAGACAUUAUAGAGUGGGCCACAGGAAGUAGAGAGAUGAUGUCCUCUGUGUGCAGUGCUGAUUGUGGUCCUGGAUUCAGAAAAUUACAGCAGGAGGGAAUGACAGUGUGUUGUUUUGAUUGCAUCCUCUGCCCAGAAAAUGAAGUUUCUAAUGAGACAAAUGUGGAUCAGUGUGUGAAGUGUCCAGAGGACAAGUAUUCCAAUGCAGAGCAGAAAGAGUGCAUUCCCAAAUCUGUGGUCUUUCUGACCUAUGAAGACCCCUUGGGGAUGGCUCUGACCUCAAUGGCCUUGUGCUUCACUGUGUGCACAGCUGCGGUUCUUGGGGUAUUUGUGAAGCAUCAUGACACUCCCAUUGUCAAGGCCAAUAAUCGCAGUCUCAGUUACACUUUGCUUAUCUCACUUCUCUUUUGUUUCCUGUGUCCCUUUCUCUUUAUUGGCCAUCCCAAUGCAGCUACAUGCAUUCUGCAGCAAAUCACAUUUGGAGCUGUGUUCACUGUGGCUAUUUCCACUGUGUUGGCCAAAACAGUUACUGUUGUUCUGGCUUUCAAAGUCACAACUCCAGGAAGAAGGAUGAGGUCCUACCUGACUUUGGGGGCAUCCAAAUAUAUCAUUGCCACCUGUACCCUCAUCCAAAUUAUUCUGUGUGCAAUCUGGCUGGGAAUUUCUCCUCCAUCUGUUAGCAUUGAUGUACACUCUGAGCAUGGCCAAAUCAUAAUUGUGUGUGACAAGGGCUCAGUUACUGCAUUCUACUGUGUCUUGGGGUACCAUGGUUUCCUUACCUUUGGGAGCUUUGUUGUGGCCUUCUUGGCCAGGAAUCUCCCUGACACUUUCAAUGAAGCCAAGUUGUUGACCUUCAGCAUGCUGUUGUUCUGCAGUGUCUGGGUCACCUUUCUCCCUGUCUACCACAGCACCAAGGGCAAGGUCAUGGUUGUUGUGGAGGUCUUCUCCAUCUUAGUCUCCAGUGCAGGGUUGCUGGGAUGUAUCUUUAUCCCCAAAUGCUACAUAAUUUUGUUUAAACCAGAGAGAAAUUCUCUUGAAAAGAUAAGGGAGAAAACAUCUUCAUGA